AUGACGAUUCCGGAUCAGAUCUCGACCAUCUCAAAUCUCAAAGUCAUCGCCGUUGCCGCUGGCAACCAACGCGUCGACAACCCCCUCAGUCCACAACCUCUCUUGACAAGCUCGACUACACUGCCACAGUGCAUCUCUAGCCUCGAGGCAAGCUGGAUCCUGGCGAGUGCUGCUGUGAGGUGUGCCACAGAUUCCCUGUCUUCUUGAUAACGGAUCCACGAUACCGCCAUGAAUUCCGCCUCUACUUCUCUCCUGACAGAACACCUCCGCUGGACUCCUCUUGUAAGCUUGCCCCCCACACCUGUUGAGGUCUGUGCCAAGCUAAGAUCGAUAAGUCUCUCAUAGAUGACAUAAUAAAUACUGUGAACGCCCUACUGUACCAAUCCGUGUCCGCCGUCGAAACCUUUCUCCUUUCAUCCCCGCCUGGGCUGCUGGGUUUUACCCCGCCACCCGGCACGAUUCCGGACACGGAUGGUGAUGGAAACGUAAUCUAUUCCGAGAAGGAAGAGGAGGAAAUAAAUAAAGGGAUACAUCAAUUGGAAACCCUACUUGAGAAUGGCGUGGAUAAGAGGUUCGACGCAUUCGAGCUGUAUGUGCUGAGAAACAUCUUGGUUGUUCCGCAGGACCUCGUGGGAUGGGUCAGGCUCGCACACCAUAAGGUCAGUUUGCUGAAUUGUUCUCGCGUCAGGACCCUAUCGUGCACCAAAAGCGUACUAACAAUUCUAGAACCUUGACUUCACAUCUAUCACCCCUUCAGUACCCACAGAUCCCGAUUCAUCUGAGCCAACAGCGGACGCGCCCGCACUUCCGCCGGCCCACGAAGCCCAAUCUCGACUUCGCACCCUCCGUCAAACACUUCUGGCCUCGCAUGCCCUGAACCAAACACUCCAGUCAGAAGUAAGCUCCAACGAGCGAACCCUCGCGCAGCUGCGUGCCCUUGCCAGCUCCUCAGACAAUAAGAACCCGUUCUCCUUCAUUAACUUGUCUUCGAUGUCUACGAAAGAGCUUAAGGAUACUGCUUCGUUCGCUGUAUCUCAAAUUGGGCUCAUACGCUCCCUCAUAGCCCAGUUAAAGCCUAAAUAUGCCGAGCUGCAGCGGCGGAAGGAGCAGCAAGAGGCCUCGGGUGAUAAGAUGGAUGUUGACGAGGAGGUUGAAGGAAGGGAGGAGAAGGGCACGCCCGAGGAGGAGAGGAAGAAGUACAUCGAGAAGAUGACCAGGAGACAUAUGGAAUCCUCUAGGGGAUUACGGUUGAACGCCAAGGGUGAGGUUGUUGGCGGUGGUUCUGAGGAAAAUGUUGCGAGGAAGGGGCUAGGUGAAGUUGAGGAGCUGGAGGGACUUGUGGAGGGACUCCACGAGGGGGACCCUUAGCGAAAUUCUAUCCUCUAUCCUCUCUCGGAAAUAGUGAUCUAGGCUUUGGUGUACUUUUAUGUCCAAUCAUGCCGGAGCAGGGUACCGGUAUACCAUUUAAGAAACGGGAAUCCACCGAGAUUCGGGUGAGGGAUUGCUAAAAAUUGGUAUCCUGAUCCCUAAGAGGACGGAUUGGGUCACUAUCCUAGUUAAAACAAUUAUUUAAUAUCUGCGAAAGAUUGCGACCUGUCUCGGAAUAACCAAAUCCUCCACGGAUCCCGGGAACUUGUCGUACAACCUGGUGU